CAAACAUACUUUAUACUAACUUGCAGCUUACACUUGGUACGAAGUGAAAACAUAUCAAUUCAUGAUAUUGCUAUUUAUGGAGACUUGAAUAUACCAAACAACGAUGGAAUUGACAUUGAGGACUCGAAUAACACGGUAAUCACUCGAUGCCACAUUGAUACAGGUGAUGAUGCAAUCUGUCCAAAAUCAUCCACUGGCCCUCUUUACAACUUAACAGUCACCGAUUGUUGGAUUCGAUCCAAAUCUUCUGCAAUCAAAUUUGGCAGUGCUAGUUGGUUUGAAUUUAAGCAUUUUGUCUUUGACAAUAUCACUAUUGUUGAUUCUCAUAGAGGGCUUGCGUUCCAGAUCCGUGAUGGAGGAGAUGUAAGUGACAUUGUCUUCUCAAACAUAAACAUAAGCACAAGAUACUAUGAUCCAUUAUGGUGGGGGAGAGCAGAGCCUAUCUAUGUCACAACUUGCCCAAGAGACUCGACCUCAAAAGAGGCUUCAAUCUCAAAUGUCCGCUUCAUCGACAUCACUGCAAAUUCUGAAAAUGGAAUCUUCCUCUCUGGUUCAAAGAGAGGAUUGCUGAGAAACUUGAGCUUCAUCAACAUGAAUAUUACUUAUAGAAGGUUCACCAGUUAUGCCGGUGGAUUGUUUGACUAUAGGCCAGGAUGCCAAGAAUUGGUUAAACAUAAGACUGCUGGGAUUAUGAUGGAACACAUUGAAGGUCUUGAGGUUAGAAAUGUAGAAAUGAGAUGGGAAAAUAAUGAGCUAGAGCAGUGGAAUAAUCCUAUGGAGUUCAAAACAAAUACUGUGAAUAACAUCUAUUUUUCUAAUUUUAAUUCUGUUUUGUAUUCAAAUAGCAAAUCAAGUUCAUAACUUUUGGUCUGCAUAGGAAAAAGGUUUACAUUGGUCUGUUAUUAAUCAAGGGAACUGGGGAAAGUUCAAAAGAAGGGAGAAGCAUUUGCUUUGUGCAUCCAGAAAAAAAUAUUGGGGAUCAUAUACUGUUUCAUUAAAUUAUCUGAUUGCAUUUUACCAUUCAAAGAUUUGUGAUUGUAAGGCCUUCAAAUUGUUUA